CCUUGAAAGAACCCAUGUCGGCUUCGACAGACAUCUCUCCCGCGAGGCUUCCGCGGGGCCAGGCUUGCGUCCUCUGCCAACGCCGGAAGGUCAAAUGCGACAGGAAUUUUCCCUGUUCCAACUGCACCAAGGCAAAUGCAGAGUGCGUUGCAAGUGCACCUCCACCGCCGCGAAAGAGAAGGCGGCCCAAGGUCGAGCUGCAGAACAGGUUGGCGCGGUGUGAACAGCUCUUGGCCGAGUACGCAAAUGCGAAUGCCAAGUUGGAACGCCCGGAAUCGGAUGCAACUUCUGAUAUCCCACAUCCUUCACUAACACCACAGCCUGGACCCCGUGAUUUGAACUGGGAGCCCACUGGGAAGCUCAUUGUUGAAGAUGGCGGUACGCGGUUCACAGACGGCUUCUUGUGGACCAAGGUGUACGAAGAGCUGCGAGCAAUGCGAGAGCUCACGGAUAUGGAUGACCUUGGUGGCGAUUCACAAGAAGGGUCUCCGUCCCAAGUGACGCCGGACUAUAACGAAUACCUGCUGUUUGGAAAUGGCUUGUCACCAGAAAUCGACGUGGAAAAACUGCGACCCUCGCCCGGUCAAGUCUUCUCCCUCUGGCAGGUAUAUCUGGAUCGAGUCAAUCCGUUGACAAAACUGAUACAUGCGCCGACGCUUCAGCCGCAUCUCGUCGAGGCCACGAGUGGUUCGCAAAACUUGCCCAAGAACGUCGAGGCGCUAUUGUUCUCCAUCUAUAGCAUGGCUACCAUUUCUCUCACCGAGAGUGAAUGCUCAUCCAUUCUGGGUAGCUCGAAAGACGCUGCCCUUGGACGCUUUUCUGCUGGAGUCAGGAUAACCCUCCUCCGCGUCGAGUUUCUCAAGUCUCACGACUUGACGACCCUUCAGGCAUUAGUUUUACAUCUGAUCUCUCUCCAAAGUCGCCCCAAAUCGCAUCCCACUUGGGUCUUGAACGGCGUCUGCAUACGCAUUGCCCAGAAAAUGGGGCUGCACAGAGAUGGCGAGCUCCUCGGGCUUUCUCCAUUCGAGACAGAAAUGAGAAGACGCAUUUGGUGGCAGAUCGUCAUGCUCGAUGCUCUGUCUGCCAUGGCGUCGGGCUUGAGUCCGACACUGCUCCCACGAGUAGGCGAUUGCAAAAUGAUAAAGAAUCUCAAUGACGCUGAUCUUCUCCCCAACGCAACGGCAUAUUUUGAGGACCGAAGAGGCCCAACCGAGAUGAUUGUGUGUUUAAUAAUGUACAAAAUGGGAGAAUUCCUCAUCCGGUGGCCCAAUCUACACGCGAUUGUCCUCAGCAGUGAGAUCAGCGCUGUUGGCUCCGGCACGCAUUUUCAGGAUCAAUCGGCCGAGUUUAAGAAGCUCACCGAAACAAUCGAAACGUCUCUUGACGACAUCAUGGAAAAGUAUUCCGACCCUUCCGCCGGGCCAAUCCAUGAACUGGCAAUACAGAUGAAGCUCGCCGUCUGCAACAAGAUCCAACACAUGUUGCGACAGGCCCACGAUCAACCCGAGUGGGGUGUCGAGGUAAACACGCCAAAAGACAACCUCUUCAAGCUUGCCAUUACCGCAGUUGAGCAUUCUGUCAGCCUUUACCAAUCAGUCCCAAGUACUGGCUUCCUCUGGUUCAUGCGGAUGCACUUCCAGCACGACAUCUUCCUCUUCAUGGUUGCGCAGCUUUGCCUUCGGACGUCCGGUACGCUCGUGGAGAAGGCUUGGAAGCAAAUACCAUUAGUGUAUGAGUACCACCCAGAUCUAUUCUAUGCUUCGCCAGAAUCCAAUCUCACACUCGCAAACUUCCUCUUGAAGGCUUGGGGAUUACGGCAAGCGGUGUUGGGCGCGAGUCACGGGAACUACGCAAGUCCCCCGGAGUACAUACAGAAACUUCAAAGCAUAUUUCCAGGGGGAAACAAACCUUCCGAUGAGGCAUUCCACAUGCCUCCGGAAAUGUCUUUCGAUGUGCCAUUCGACGUGCCGUUCGAUAUGCCCCUUGGCACGCCAUUUGGCAUGCCACCCCAACCCGGGGAUCCAAUCUUACCUCCGGGGGGGCAUAAUCCAGCGAUGCCAUGGGAUCACGAAUUCUCAAUGUCUCUGAACGCAGCGCUGCCAGAUUGGAACAUGCCGGAGAUGCCGGAGAGAGAAGGUUAAUACAUGGUAUAUUGAGAUAUGAGAAGGACGGGAAGGAAGUGUGCAACUUCCGGAGAGAUCGCCAGUAGCCAACUCACAUGGAAAGCCAGAAACCAAGUGUAAAACAUUGUAUAAUAACUUGCCGUAAUCUCAAUACUCUUUUAUUGACCACAUAUCCAC